UUUACCGCCUGUCUGCGCAAUAUACCGGAAGAGGUAAUAAUAAACAUUCACAACGGUUUACCGUUUAGUUGAUAACAACGAAAUUUAGAAUUCCAUCUACAAGAUGGAUAGAAGUUCCAUACGUUACGAGGUGCUUCGUGAAGAUGAAGCCAGCGCACCAGCAGAGCCUGUGAAUCUUGUGAUGAUAGUUCCGCCUCCGGAGUAUCCAGGAAGUGAGGCAUAUGGAACAGAUGCUUCUAACCAGAAGCUGCCAUCCUAUACCGAGGCUACAACUUUGCCAACCUAUGAGGAGGCAGAGCGCUCAAAAUUCCAGGAAGUCCAUGGAGACACUGACAUUAACAUUGAUAGUCAAGAUGAAAUUGCUCCACACGAGGGUCGAUUGUACAAAGCUGCCACGCUUGGCACCGAUGGCAUGUUUUUGUGUGCCUUUGUCAUGGCAUUCUUCUUUAACUGGAUUGGGUUUCUGUGUUCUAUAUGCCUGUUCAACACGAUAGCUGGGCGAUGUGGUGCCUUGUCAGGACUGGGACUCUCCAUUGUCAAGUGGAUCUUUAUUGUCAAGCACAAUAAGUGGGCCAGUAAUUGGGCGGAUGGCGACUCCUGGGUCUGGUGGCUACUGCUUCUGUGUGGUAAGGAACAGCUUCAUGUCAAACUAAUUCUGUGUUUUGUAACACAAUGUUCGAACAGAAAAUUUAAUUUUAUAAAUAAAAAAUGGAUGAAGAUUGGCAAUAUUACAUUUAUACCACACUUGUAAUCAGUGAUUCAGAUAAUAUUCAGUUAAAGUGCUGUUACUUUAUUAUCCGAGUUAAAGAAGAUAUAGUAACACAAGUAUGUUUGUGAUGGUGGGUGGGUGAUGGCAUGCAUAUAUAAUGCCAAUAUAAAAUGCAUCAAGUUUGAUUUUGCAUUUUUGGCCAUGUUGCACAACUCCUCUCACACCUCUAACUUGACAUUCCCCAAACUUUGUACAGUUGUUAUGGACACAUUACACAUUACAUAAUUGAUUCUCUACCACAAAUACUUUUAAUAGUUGAUUUUUAUUUCAUCUGGAUCCAUGUACUGCUGUCUUUAUGAUAGAUAACAUUUCUGUUCUUGAAUCGAUUUUUAAACACUCCCAGUUAUGAGUGGAUGAUGCUCUACUUUGUGGUGCUGAAAAGAAAAGGAAACCUGAUUAUUAAAUGAAAACAAGGAUCUGGGUGAUUGUAUGUUGAUAUAAAAAUUCCAAAUCUGAACAAAAUAUUUUGAUAAAUUCCCCAUCUAAAGGGAUCCUGGACCCUGUCCCAAAAACUAGUGACAGCCCUGGUGAAAGUUACAGACCAGGAAGUACAUGCAUGUUGGAUUGAUUUUUGUUAGCUCUUCUGAGCCGAAGGCUCAAAGAGCUAAUCAUAUGGCCAUAUGUCUGGCGUGCGGUGUGCGUAAACUUUUUGGGAAAAGGGCUAUAUCUCAAGAACCCCUUGGCCAAUUUUUGUCAAAUUUGUCACAGGGUAUCCUUGUACUAAAACUAGGGUUUUGACCCUUUAACAAAAGGAGAUAAUUAGGAAAAUGCAAACAAAAGUAUUGGUUGCCAUAAAAUUUUCUUCUCAAGAACCACUGGGCAAAUUAUCACCAAACUUAUGCAUAAGGAUGAGGAUAGGUUAUAGAUAAAAAAUUGUUCAAGUCAUCAUCCUGGGGCAAAGGGUGUGGUCUCGGGGUCACUUCAAAGUUGACCUUAAAUUUUGUUUUGUUAAAACUUUGAUAUUUUGCUUAGUAUAAAGACUAGGAUCAUCAAAUUUUGUCAGUUGAUGCAUCUUAGGACUUAAUAUCAUGUUGUCUCAAAAGAAGGUCAUGGUGACUUACUUUUUGAAUUUCGCAGGUAAUUAUUAUUAAAUGGAUUUUGAUGCAUAUCUUGGACACUUUUGAGCCUAUGAUCAUCAAAAGUUGUGAGUUGAUGGAUCAUGGGACCUUGAAGUGCUUCAUGUGAAAUGUCACCAUGACCUACUUUUUGAAUUUUAUGGCUAAUCAUUUAUGAAUACAUUUUAGGUUGUUAUUUCAGAUACCGAGAGGUUUAGAUUCAUCAAACCUUGUAAGUUGAUGCGUCUAGAGGCCUCGAAACAUAUUUAUAAAAAAAAAAAAAAAGUAGGUCACAGUGACCUACUUUUUGAAUUUUGCAGACAUUCAAAUUUCACAUUUUCAAUUUUAGAUGCAUAUUUUGGACACUAUGAAAGCUAGGAUCAUCAAACUUUGUCAAUUGAUGCAUCUUGAGUCUUUGGAGUGUGUCGACCAAAAAGUAGGUCACUGUGGCCUUCUUUUGGAAUUUGACGGCUAUAUUUGAAUACUUUUUGACUUGUCAGUUGAUGCAUCUUGAGUCUUCAGUGUGUCGACCAAGAGUAGGUCACCGUGACCUACUUUUGGACAGUUACAUUUAAAUUUUCAGGUACUAUUUGACUUAACAUCAUCAAACUUUGUUAAUUGAUGAAUCUUGGUUAGUGAGAAUUUUUGCCUGUUCUACAAUGUAUCAGAAGAGCGAUUCUAGGCCCAUGGGCCUCAUGUUUGGAUAAAGCUGUAAUUUGUGUAGCUCUCCAAGAGAUAACGGAAAUAAGGUAAAAAAAUUUUUUUUACUGUAUUUCAGAUCUUUUGAAACAAAUGUUUGGGGAAUGUCCGUUGUAACCACCACCAUUGCAAUUAGCACGACCUGGUAGUUGUGUGUUGUAAAUCAAAAAUAAUUUCGAAUGAAUUUUUACUUGUAGGAAUGCUGAUUUUCUUACGAGGAGCUAUUCACUACAUCAAGACAAAAUAUGAGUGGAACCAGAUUCAAAACAGCCUGAGAAAUAGAAAUUUGUUCCUGUUUUAGUGUCGAAGAUUUCCACAUUGUUAUUGUUGGGGUUUUUUUUUGUUGUUUUUUUUUUUAUUUACUCAUAGUAGGAAUUUUUAUUAAGUUCAUCCAUCAUAUUGUUUUGGUGCUGGUUAGUCUCCAUACAUGAAGGACACAUAAAGAAUACAUAUAGUUAUUUAAUCAGUCUCGAUGCUUAUGUGAUGUAUGUUUAAUGUUGAGGACAGAAUUAAUGUUCUGUUCUAAAGAGGUUUGCACCUGGGUUUUGUAGUAUUGUCAUAUUCAUUCUUUGAGAAGUAUAUUUCGAAUUUCUACAUUGUGGGGGAAAUCAUGAAAUUAAAGAAAAACUGUGUUCAUAGUGCUACAGUGUGAUAAACUUGACCUUCUUGCACUUAAAAUUAUUAUAUCUGUUGAUGUCAACAAAACAUAAGCAACACAAAUCAAUUAUUACAGGAAAUACAUACUCAUGUCUUCUAUUAAACAAUAUACAUGUAGGUAAAAAAAAAAGUUUAGUGCAAGUAGAUUUGAAGUAGAAAAUGACCUUUCUGCACACAAAUAUUUUGAAAAACAUCAUCUAGAAUUUAUAAGAGUUUAUUAGAACAUACUAGGGGUAUUGUCAAUUUUUUAAAAAUUGUACAUCAGAUGCACUCUUAAUGCCUUAAAAUCAAUAAGAGAUCGAAAUUUUGAAUUAUUGGUCAAAGUAUUAAAUUUGCAUCCCAAAUUUCUGGUAAAUUGAUAUAGACGUUUUUAAAAAUCAGUGUUCUGUUUGGAAAGAUAUAUCAACCAAAUUAAUGAAUAUAAAUAGUUUAAUUGGUUUGAAGUCUCUGCGACUUGUAUCAUGAAUUACAAAACUGAAGUACAUCUCUAGGGGUAUAGAUAUUGACGAUACACUGGAUAGAACAGAAAAGUCAAAUCUCGCAGAUUUUGAGUAUCACAUUAUGUAGUCUUUUCCAAACCCUUUUAAAAUUUGAUUUGACUUAAAAAACGGGAUGGAUUUAAGUGAAUAGUAUAUCAUAUGUGUGAACAAAUUAAAUAAGUAUUGAACCAGUACCUAUAAAGUUAGAGUGUCCUGCAUGGUUGUGCUCAAAAGCUGGAGGUUCUUAUUUUUUCCAGAGAGGAAUACUUGUUAUAAAUUUCGCUGUAAAUAUAACUUUUUUGAUUGUUGGACGUGUUUUUUUGUUGUAAUUUUUGUCUGACCCUUGAUUUUGAACAUAUUUUUGAUUUUUGGACAUGGUUUUUUGUAAUUUUUGUCUAACCCUAGAUUUUGAACAUAUUUUUAUUAAUAUACGCUACACUAAAUAAAGUGACGGAUUUAGAAGAAAAAAAACUUUACAGUUUGAUUGCAUCAUCAAUUUUUCAACAAGAUUAUUUGCAGAUGUUGGGUAUAUAUGACAUGUUGGUGUCUUUCCUUUCAGUGUUGAAUUGUAGACGUCACGUGGUAUGUAGAAUGGCAAAAAACAUUUUAAAGCUUAUUUUACAAAAGAAAGUAGUUAACCUUAAAAUGAUAUUUAUAACAGUAUUUGUACUGCAGUUGACUGUUUUUAAACCUUUGUGGACCAUUUGUUUCUUCAGUCUUUCAAUUCAAAUCUUUACAUUUGUUGUUCCCCAUGCCUGUUCAUUAUAUGUCAUUUAGAUGAAGUAGUACAUUGAUGAUGGAUUUCACUGAAGUUUAAAUUUUGAAUUAUUUAAUAUGUAUAUGCUAGCUUUCACUCAACAUACAGUGUAUAAUGUUUAAUGUAGCAAGGAAUUUUUAGAUACAUAAUAAUGUAAAUGAUAGAUGCUGAAAAGGACGUCAGACAGUCAAUUUGUGAAUUAAGUACUGGGUACUUCUAAGUGUCCACCCCCUCUUAGCUGAUCCAGUGUUUCAAUGGAUUCCCAACAAGCUUUACUUUUUCAAAUAGAGUUUUUAAAUGUCUUCUUCAAACUGUUGAAUAUUUACAAAUUUGGAUAGGUAUUAUCUUCAUUCUGUUAAGUAAUCUGCUGUUGCAUACUGCUUUAAUUUGGUAGUUGGUAAUUCAUAGGUUUAUAGAUGAAGUAUUGUUUUAUCCACAUGAUUGGCCAGUAUUUGAUUGUUUUAAGUAAUAUACGUAAAAUGGAUAUUAAAUCACAAUACCUAAAAAUAAAGGCAUUUACAUGAGGACAAUA